AUGGUGUUGCGCCCACUGGAAUUUGCCGAUUGUUUGGCCGAUAGCCCAUGGUUUCGGGCGAACCUCCACGAGCACGAAUGCUCGUUGCAGCGCUCGUACAAGACCAUUAAGCUGCUGGAAAACCAAUGCCGUGAACUGGUAUCAGCUGCUCACAAGAAAGGCCUGGGUCAAAGGGUCGACUCUGUGUUCGGUUUUUUGACUCGGCGAUUUUUAAGCGUCUGCGACAUCGAAAACGACGACGAUGUCUCUCAGGCUUCAUCUUGCUAA